AUGUCGGACCCGCUUCUCUUUGAAGAUACCUUCACAAUCACCGGCGUCAACGCUCAAAAGUACGAUCGCGUUUCUCGUCUGACCUGCACUUCCAACGAUGCCUCCGUCACUUUCACACUCGAUGUGAACUCCGAGCUGUACCCGUGCGCGACGGGCGAAUCGCUGUCUCUUGCGCUGGCCUCGACCCUGUCCCUCGACGGCAAGGAGGAUACCCGCGCCAGCUGGAGAGAAGUCAGCAUGGGCGAGCAGACCCUGGCCGAUGAUUAUGAUUAUGUUUGCCACGGCAAGGUGUACCGCUUCGAGGAAGGUACCCAUAAGGAUACCAUGGCCGUCUUUGUAUCUUUCGGAGGUCUCCUUCUCUACCUGGAGGGUCCUUACAAGAAGCUCGCGCCGUUGAGAAUCGACCACGUCUACCUGCUUCUCAAGAAAUAA